AUGGAAGUGGGUGACUUAGCUGAUAGCGUGAGGGCGAGCUCAAGGCAGCUGCAGCACCACCAGCUGCCUCCCUCCGCAGCAGCCCUCCUCCAGGUGCCUCCUCCCUGCAUGGCCACAGGGGAGGGGCGUGAGGGAGCGUCGGUGUUGACCCCACACCCCUCCCCACCACCUGCAAUGCGCACACACAGAGCUAGUCAGAGCGCAGUGGUGGGAGCAAGUCGAAUGGGAAACUGUGACUUGAAAUCCAGCGAGCGCAGGGGAAGGGAGGAGGAGCCAGUGGUUGAGGCACGACAACAAGCUGCAGACCCAAGGGCACCUGAAAAAGAACCUGAGGGGGGCGAUACUGCAACCUCAACCGUUGAUGAGGCCGGCGCUGCUGCCACGCUGCCCGCACUCCUGCUGCCCGCCCUGGUGCUCCCCUCGCCUGCUGCUCGCCUGCUGCCGCCCCCCUGGCUUCUCUGUGUGUUCGUUGCAGGUGGCGGGGAGGGCGUGGGGGUCAACACCGCCGCUCCCUCGCGCUCCACCCCUGUGGCCUUGCAGGUGGCAGUGGUGGGAGGGGAGGGGGGCAGCACUCCACUCGGCUGGGAUGGGAAGGGAGAGUAUCGGGCUGGGUUGUCUGAAACAAGCAGGUUGCUCAUACGGGAGUGGCAGUGGCGGGGGAUAUGGAGUGCAACAGCAGCUGCUCUCCACCCAACCCACCCACAGCUAACUGAGGCUGCGCUAGUGGCCCCCUUCUCUGCUCCCACAUGCCAUCUCAUGCACUCCCCUCACAUUUCUACCCCUAGCCGCUUACUCACUUCUCUUCAGUUCUCUCCUUGCUGGUUGUGGGGAGGGGCGUGGGGGUCAACACCGCCACUUCCUCACACCCCUCCCCUUGUGGCCGUGCAGGUGGCAGUGGUGGGAGGGGAGGGGGGCAACACUCCACUCGGCUGGGAUAGGAUGGGAGAGUAUUGGGCUGGGUCGUCUGAACCAAGCAGCACCCUGCCUGGACCACAGUGGAGUCCCCUCCUUCCGUUCAUCCCCCCCUCCCUUCCCCCACCCCCUUCCCAGCAGCCUAAGGCAUCAUGGCGCUCUGCAUGGCUCUGGUAG